UAAACAACAAGGCUCCCUGGAUUCUACAGCAUUGAACGCUGGCAGUUCCAGAAAUGUCAAGCUCUGCAAAAAUGGGGAAAGGGCUCUAUCUGUUACAACGCCCGGCCAUAAAGGGGCUGGACAUGGGAACUACAACUCCUCCCAUCAGCCCCCUUCCAGCCCUUGGCCCGCCUCUCUUGUCCAACCCCGCCCUCCAAACAGACCGUCACUCUCCUAGGACUUGCCCGGGCACAGCGCUUUCGUUUUCAGAGCAGUUCUGGCAGCGUUGGGAUCAUUGCUCCCGGUGGGCCAUGGCCGUUCCUCAGGACUUCCAAACGUUUGUCUUCCUUGACAUCGAAACUACCGGCUUACCCCGAGACUGGCCUCGCAUGGCCGAGCUGUGCCUCUUUGCUGUUCAUCGGCGAUCUUUGCUGCUCUCUCUACCCAACGAUGCCCUGACCCCGCAGGAGCUGCUGCCUCGCAUCAUAGACAAGCUCACCCUCUGCAUCGACCCACAGAAACCCUUCACCCCUGGAGCCGAGGAGAUCACGGGGCUGAGCAAUCAGAACCUGGAGGAGAACUGCAAGCAGGAUCUCAACAGUGCUGUGGUGGAGGCCCUGCGGGGGUUCCUGUGCCGGCAAGCUGGCCCAGUCUGCUUGGUGGCCCACAACGGCUUGGGUUUUGAUUUCCCCCUCUUGCAUACCGAGCUUCAGAGAGUGGGCACCAAGCUGUCUCCGGACAUGGGCUGCCUGGAUACACUGCUCGCCCUGAGGGCAUUGGUUAAAGGCGCACAUGGGGGUUACCAGCUGGGAAAUAUGUACCGGUACUUCUAUGGGCAGGAUCCUGUCCGUUCCCACUCUGCUGAAGGGGACGUGAUCACUCUUCUCUUAGUGUUUCUGGCUAGAGCUCCUGAGCUGAUCGAAUGGGCAUCCCGCAACGCCUGCCCCUGGAAGGAGAUCCGGCCUAUGUACCAGCCCAGUAUAGGCAGGAACUGAGACUUGCAUAAUGUAUGAUGGUGGGAAGAAGCCUGACUCCAUCCUCCAGCCUUUCUGCCUUGUUGAGGCUAAAUACCUAAAUGAUGGGAUUGGAUAUAUACAACCUUCAUGCACAUUGUUAGCCAUAGAGCCUGGAAGACUACUUCUCAGCACUGAUAGAUGUAAACUACAGUAGAGUCUCACUUAUCCAAGGUAAACGGGGCCGGCAGAAGCUUGGAUAAGCGAAUAUCUUGGAUAAUAAGGAGGGAUUAAGGAAAAGCCUAUUAAACGUCAUAUUAGGUGAUGAUUUUACAAAUUAAGCACCAAAGCAUCAUGUUAUACAACAAAUUUGACAGAAAAAGCAGUUCAAUACUCAGUAAUGUUAUCUUGUAAUUACUGUAUUUACUAAUUUAGCACCAAAAUAUUGACUACAAAAAUGGCUUGGAUAAUCCAGAGACUUGGAUAAGUGAGACUACUGUAUUUCAAAAACAGUGUUAGUCAAAAUAGAGCCACUGUGGUGUAGGUAUUUGAAUGUUAGGAUUAUAACUCUGGUGAACAGGGUUCAAUUCCUUCAGCAAGAAAACUCCACAUUCAGCCUGCAUCAUGAUUGCCAUAAGUUGGAAAUGAAUUGCCAUAAUAGAGCCUGUCUUCUGACACUAAUUAACCCUUUGUGAAUAUUAUUUCACAGUACCCCAUCUCCAAAAAUACUUUAAUAUUAGCUACGUGUUUCGAAUUUGGAGUGAGGUUGAGUUGUUUGCUGUACACUGUGAGUAUAGCUGAAGGAAAAUGUCAAUAACAAUGUUAAAAUAUUGUCAGCUAUAAUACAGUGUCAGUGUUUCAGUAGAUUGAUCUAUUUAACAACACCCAAACCCAAGAAUAUACAUUAUGUGAUGAAACACACACAGUAUAAAUUAUUCGGUUUGGGCAUUGUUAAAUAGAUCAGUUGCACUGAAACGUUUUGUUGAUUUGUGCUAUUGACUCAAUAGCACAUUCCCUACAGGUUUUCCUACUCUGGCACACCUUUUUUUGUCAGGAAGUGGGUUGCAAAACUGGAAUUUUCUUAGUGGAGCAUUACCUCAGAAGGGCUACAGCCUUACUUAGUCUCAUUUAAUUGUAGGAAGGAAAGUAGGAGGGAGAUUUUGACAUAUUCUACUGGUCCUUCUUCAUCCCAAAUCUAUAAUAUUACGAUGCCUUCCAUAUAUCCAGGCACAGAGCAUGAGUUUGUACUUUGUGGCCUUUAAUUGGCUUAGUCUUCAAUAGCAACCAAUAUUUAUUCAUAAUAAAGAUUAGCAAUCAAUUUUAUUAUUUAGUAAUCAAUAAAUUAUGAAUUAAUACAUUUGAAAUAUUUUAAGUAAUAGGGCUUUUCCCAUAAGUUAUUUUUUGGCAUUUCUCUGGAUGCCAAUCUAUAAUAAUUUGGGCAGUAAUCAAUAAUGACAAUAUUUAUUCAUAAUAAUGAUUAACAAUUAAUUUUAUCAUUCAGUAAUCAGUAUCGUAAUUGUGAAUCAAUAAUAAUUUUGAAAUAUUUAAGUAAUAGUGGUUUUUUUUCUAUUUUUACCCAUUAGACUUUAUAUUAAUAGUAGAUUUUGAAAAAAUUUUUUUAACUGUAUUCGUGUAAUUUCCCAAAGCUUCAAGUUUGCUAGCUGUACGGGCAUCCUGACACCACAGAAGGAUUAUUGUCUGUUUCACCACAGGUAUUCUUAGACUCUCUUUGGAUUCAAUAAAUAUAACUAUUUUCACUAAUUUAUGAAUUAGUGGAAUUAAUAUUCAACCAAUUUUUGAACAGGCAAUUUAGUUAUUGGUAGCAAACUGUGCAGCACUGCCUCUCAACUGUUCUAAUCUAUAGAUUACUUUAAUUGAAAUUUAAAAAUGAAUUCAACACUGUAAAUGCCAGUACUAAGUACAAGUUGCAUAUAAUAUGGCUGUAUCCCUAAGUAUAACUAUUGUAAAAAAACAUAAAUUUGUUUAAGAUGGAUACUUAUUUAAAACAGUCAACACAUGUCAACGUACAUAUGAAUUGUCUCCUGAUACUAAUUUGCUCCUUGAGAGUAUUAUUUCACAGUACGCAAUAUCAAAAAAUACUAUUAAAUUAACUCUGUGUUUCAAAUUGGAGAUGAGGCUGAGUUGUUUGCUGUACAUUCUUUGGCGUGUUUAUAACUGAAGGAAGAUGUCAAAUGACUGGCUCAUUAUGAGUAUGAUCUCAAAAUGACUCUCAAAAACCUCCAGGUCCUCUUGUUGUCUUCAGUGUUUUAUUUCAUAUUUUAUUUCAUACAUUUGUAUUCUGUCUUUCUCACCCCCCCCCCCUACCUCGGGGGGGGGGGGACUCUGGGCAGUUUUGCAUCAACAUAUUUAACUGUCUUGACAUGUUUGUGACUGUUGUGGCAAAUAGGCUUCCAUGGACCUUAUGCACUGUGUAAUUAUUCUAGCUUUGCUGAAUAUUCAUUCAUGCUGCUGAUCAUUCAUGGAUCUUGCGGCAAUGAAUGCCAUAAGGAAAUGGUGUAUUGUAAUGAAAAGUAAUUCCUGUUGCUUAUGUUGUUUGCCUGUUGCCUUUGUUUCAUUGAAUGAGCCGAUUUCUUCAUCUUCUGUUGGAAUAUAACUGAAAAGAGGUUCUUUUAAAAUAGCUAAGGUUGUCAUGUUGAGUUCCCAUAGAAAUUGAGGAAGCAAGAAGCCAUCUUUGCUCCCUUGCUUCAGGUAAGCCUGUUCUUAGAUUGCACUAGAAAGCUGAGUGUGUGCUUUGCUCCCAUAGUUAAAGGCUAGCUGCUCUACUGGGGGCACCAGAAAGCUGUGUGAGUGUUUGUUUUGAAGGCAAGGCUAUCCUCUUUCCCCUAAAAUAAGACAUCCCCAGAAAAUAAGACCUAGCAGAGGUUUUGCUGAAUUGCUAAAUAUAAGGCCUCCCCUGAAAGUGAGACCUAGCAAAGUUUUUGUUUGGAAGCAUGCCCGCCGAACAGAACACUAGAGCAGGCAGGAUCAAUAAAUGUACGUACCAUAUACAUGGAAAUAAUGGUAGUAAUAAGAAAUUCUUGAUAGGAUUCACAGUUUGUCUGGUUAUGCUGGUUUGUGAUGACAACUACUGUAAAGUAUAUAAUAAAUGUUCAUAUUUUGUUGAACAAUAAAUGUGAAUUCUUCAUGGAAAAAUAAGACAUCCCCUGAAAAUAAGGCCUAGUGCAUCUUUGGGAACAAAAAUUAAUAUAAGACACUGUCUUAUUUUCGGGGAAACACGGUAGGUACUUGAGCCAGCAGUUGAUUGAGAGUUUCCUGUUAAGGAGAACUAGCUACUGUUAAAUGAUGGAUUGUUCCCUGUUCUUUGAAGCCAGCAGUUGAAUGAGUGUUUAUUUCUUGUUCUUUGAAAGCUAAAGGUAUUUAAGCCAGUGUCUGAACUCAAGUGGCAGUCAAGCCAUGCCUUCACUAACUCACAUAUCUUUACAAUACAAAACAAACAUACAACGGGGAGGUGGUUAGUAUUCCUCACAUAACGUCCACGCAUAUUAACUAACACGAUAAGGAUCCCUCCUGGUAUCCUCACUCACCAGGAGAUGGAACAAAAGCAAAACAUUCUCAUCAUGUGCACAAGCUCCGGCAUGUUCUGCUUCUUCACACAACUAGUCAACUACACUUGCAUGAAGUGCAAACAUUUCUCUCAUGGAACAGAGGAUCCAACUACUCGAGAACUGAAUUAAGACCCUUAAGGACAUUGAGGAACUCGAGCUCUUCUUGCUCACAGCACAACAGGCUGUUCUAGAUACGCAACCCACAUCACACCUACACGAACAUGAUAGGGAAACUUAUGGGGACAUCACUUCAAAUAUAGACAACCCUCAGGCUUGGAAGAAUGUCACCCUUAGAAAGAGACACAGGACCAGGCAGCCUCCUCAGAAUACUUCUGCUCAGCUGGAUUUACACAAUAGAUUCCACAUUUUUACACCACUAACACUUGAUCAGGAAACAUAUCUUGGGGAGAACCACAAUUACUCGGAUACCACUCAGUGGACUGUCAUUGAUCAAUGCACAGGGGAUAGUCCUGAGUGGGACAAUGCUCCACCACAUUCACACUUUCACAAGCACGCAGAUGCUUUGGCCCCAAUCAUAGGCCAGGCGCAACAGGAACACACUUGCAUUCAUUGGGUACAUCUCAAUGAAUUGUUCUUGACACAUGCACCGGGGAUGUCGAGGAGGAGGACAACACCUUACACCCACACAGUCCACUUCAACAGCAACACUUUUCAGGGGACCUACACACUACAUUGCACAAAAGAGGCCCUGUCAAGCCUCAAAGGAAACAGGUCUUGGUAGUAGGCAACUCCCUCCUUAGAGGAACGGAAGCCAUCAUUUUGAGAGCCGAUGAAAUGGCUCAAGAAAUAUGCUGCCUUCCUGGAGCAAAAGUAUACCAUGUCACUCAGAGGCUCAUCAGGUUCCUCAAGCUCCAUUGCUUUCCCUCUUUCAUGUUGAUUUAUGUAGGAACCAAUGAUACUGCUAGGCAUACUUUUCAAAAGAUCACAAAGAAUUUCGAGCUCUCAGAACAAAGCUAAAACAGUAGUGUACAGGUGAUCUUUUCAUCAAAAAUAGAUCUGUUUUUGUGUGCUACCCCUUUGAAAAUAUAGAAGCAAUUGGCCUUUUGUAACAAAUGAAUUGCGAUAUAGGACUGUUGAACUUUGUACAUGGCAGAAGUUUCCUGAUAGUUUACUCUGUGAUUCACUGGAAACAUCCACAUUUGGCUCUAGCUAUUUCUGUUUCAUGUGGUCACAAGAAUAACUGCUGUGUCACAAUGUGAAACUACUAUGUCAAUCGUAAUAAAAUGCUUUUAAUAGUUACUAAAUGUGCCUUGCUCUUCACGCUUGUAGCCUCUAUAAAGGAGACUUACUCCUUAACAUCCCUGUUGGGUUUUCAUGCUUCUUAAUGCAAAUAGGGUUUCAGAAUUCUGCUUGAAAAACUCUCCUGAACAUGAACAAAUUUAAAUUGUAAAAUACUGGUGUGUAUAUGGGGGGGGGGGGCAUCCCUUUUUAUGGUGAGGAACUCCAACUCCAUGCUUGAUUCAUAGGCAUCCACUGGACAUAAAAAAUCUGUAGCCUUCCAUCUGUUUGACAUGGAAACUACCACAUUCUCUUGCUCUUGGUAAUGUUGGAAUAGACUUCUAAGUCCCCUUCUGAUAUUGUGGGAUUUUCUGCCUUGAUAUUCUGGGUUAUAUGGCUGUGUGGAAGGGUCCUUAGAGCUGAAAUCCAAAGCACCUGGAGACACAAAAUUUACCCAUCUGAGAUCUAUAGCUAUUAGCAAGUAGCCAUUUUUAUUUUCAUGCAAUGCUUCUCAUUCCUGUGAUCGUUGACCAACCCUGUUAGCAAAAGAGUAGUCCAGAUUCCAUUUAUCAUUAAACUUUCUUCUCAGAGCUGAUAUCCAGUAUGGUGUGGUUUGAAUGUUAGACCCAGGCCCCUUCUACACUGCCAUAUAACCCAUAUUAUCAAAGCAGAUAAUCCACAUUAUCUGCUUUGAACUGAAUUAUCUGAGUCUACACUGUGAUAUAAUCCAGUUCAAAGCAGAUAAUCUGGAUUUUAUAUGGCAAUGUAGAAGGGGCCACAGACCCCAUGUUAUCAGGGUUCAGAUUUCUGCUCAGCCAUCAAAACCCACGGGGCAAAUUUCUCUCCUGGUCCAAUAGGAAGGAAAUUGGAAACCUUUUCUCUUGCAAGAAAUCUAUGAAAAGGUUGCAUUUGGCAAGGUUAAAGGAUCAUCUGGAGAAUAGAUUUUGUUAACACUAGUUGCAAUACCAUAAUUAGAGCCUAGCAUUGAAUAAACUUGACUUUUUAAAAAUAUGUUUUUAUUGUAAACACAGGUAGAAUAAUAUCAAAAUCGAUCACCAUUUCACUAUACAUAUCAAAUGAUAUUUUCUUAGUAAUAUUAACCUUGCUGAUUUCACCUUUAUCUCCCACUUGUGUCUAUCGGUAUUUUGCUCCUCCCCCCUCCCCCCAAAGGGAAUUAACUUCACUUUUGAGAAUGACACUGCUUACAGCUGUCCUAUGGGAUAUAGAGUUAUAAAGAACUUUUUUUUGCUUUAGCACCAAAGUACCACCAUCUUCUUUAAGCAGAGGCUGGAUGGCCAUCUGUCGGGGGUGCUUUGAAUGAGAUUUUCCUGCUUCUUGCAGGGGUUUGGACUGGAUGGCCCGUGAGGUCUCUUCCAAGUACAAGAGAAAGAAAUGCAUUGAGAUUUGUGUCGACAUGUCAACAGCCUAACUCAGGUCUCACCCGCCUUUACACAUUCAAAAUAACCAGAGUUGAAUCACCCUGCAUUGCAACUGUAUGACUGAAUCAUUGUCUUUUGUUUUUCUCUUUUGAUGACAGUUUGACUUCUACUGUGAGAAUUUAUCCGCACAUGUAAUGAAUUUUGUAUGAGAUCACUGUGCCCCAAACUAUUAAAAGCUCCCUAUUUGUCUAAUAAACUGCUCCUCUUUGUCUUCA